CCAUGACGUCCGGUGAACCUUCGGGAACCUUGUAAGCUUGGUAUAUUUAAGCGCACCUCAUCUUCGGCAGACCACCGUCACAUCCGCUUUCCCAAAGCCCACCUCAGCGAAAGACUUACAUACAACAACCAUGACGCUAAUCGACGAAACCAACAAUACCUUGGACGAGCUCACUCAGCUGUUUGACGCGCUAAACAAGAAGACCUCGACGUCCAUUCACGCUGACGUCGUAACGCUCGAUGUCGGUGGCCGCAAGUUCAAGGCCUCUCGCAACACCCUCUUUGAGUCUGGUCUCUUUAGGCGUCUGCUAUCUGAUAGCUACGCCUGGGUACCCGAAUCCGAUGGCUCGUACUAUAUCGAUGCUGACCCCGAGUUGUUCGAGCAUCUCUUACACUUCAUGCGUCGCCCGUCGGUUUUCCCGCUGUUCUACGAUAAGGUCGCCGGCUUCGAUUACAACACAUACAACCGGCUCCAGGGUGAGGCGAAGUACUUCCGUGUUGAUGCGCUUCAUGAAUGGAUUAGUGAGAAGAGAUACCUCCAGGCCGUUGUCGUAAAAACAAGCGGUCCCUUCACUCGCAGUAUUACCCAACCGAUCUCAACCGAACUACCAGCGGAUAAGAGCGACGAGUGGCAGAUCGUCUCCAAGACUAAGAAGGUGUAUCUAUGCCCACGUCUAAUCCUUGUUCACAAAGGCCACCCAGAAAUAUGUGGCGCAGCUUGCAGAUCAGCACAAGCUGGGUUUGCGGUGCAGUACGAGGACGAAUUGUCCCUGGAGAUCAUCAGUGUUCAGAAAGAAACUGUCUUCAAUGAGGAGGUGUGCAGAACGGAUAUCCACUGAUGGAUCGACGGAUUGUGACGGAGUGGAAACAGGACACACAGCAGUGUUGCACGCAAGCGAAGAUACUCUCACACUAUCAUGUUUGAGUGUCUUGCUAUGGAGUUAUCCUAUAGCCUACCGCCUCGUCUGUAGUCGUAAGCCAUAGGCAGUAAAUUCGCUCAUCUCAUCAUGUCCGCACAAUCCUCAUGUGUAUCUAAAGUAAUCAUGCCAUG